UCGCAAUCAUCAUCAAAACACAAGUAAAGAAGUAACAAUCUCUGUAUUCAAAAUUUUAAAUUGACUCAUAAACAAAACAACUGCAUUAAUUUCGUCCAUUGUGAUAAAAAUUACGAAACAGUUAGGCGAAGCAUUUAUUCUGGAGAUAGUUUCGAAUGCGAGAAACAGGGAACGAAGAGAUGGCCGAAUCCGAAGGCGAAGUGAAUCGUUCGGAUAUCAUGCAACUCAUAAAACGUAGAGAGGACAUUGACGAACAAAUUCAGGCUCUGGGUGGAAUUUUAACCUCGAACAAGAUUGGCAUGACAGAGCCUCUAGUUGACGCAGAAGGAUAUCCACGAGCUGAUGUGAACGUGUACCAAGUUCGUCAUGCCCGACACAAGAUUAUUUGUUUGCAAAACGAUUUCAAAUCGUUAACAAAAGAAAUUGAUCAAAAAUUGCAACGAUAUCAUGAACAACUCAGAGAGCGAGGACUAACCGAGGACCGUAUGGAUACUGAAGAGUCCACAACGGAAGUUCAUACUGCUCCAAUAGCAAAGGUCAAUCUGGUGUCUGAAGGGUCUCCUGCUUUCCAUGCUGGACUCUUGGUUGACGACGCAAUAAUCGAAUUUGGAUCCAUCAACUCUCAAAACUUUUCCAGCUUAUCCGACAUCGGAAGCUUGGUUCAACUUGGUGCUGGGAAUGUGAUAUCGGUCAAGGUGAAACGGGAGUCUGGAUCUCACAAGUUGGCUUUAAUACCAGGUCCUUGGGAUGGCCGUGGUCUGCUUGGAUGCAACAUUGUACCUUAUAGUGACACGGUUGACCGAUAAAGAAGACGUUUCAUCAAUUACGGAGGAAAGGGGUUAAGCAUUUUAAAAAUCUAUAUAUACUUAAAAAUAUAUAUUUGCAAAUAAAUCGUGCAUACUACACUGUGUUAAUUUAAGGAAACGUCGAUGUGUAAUGUAAAGUCAUAAAAUUAUGAAUAAGUUAACUACAAUAAAAAGCGUAUUUUAUAUUUCA